AACAAGACAUGCUUUACUUUACUUUCUGUCAUCCUCCUUUCAUUGUAUUCCUCUACUUUUUCUCACCAGCAUAUUCUGAGCUUCGUUUCUUUUUAUCAAGGCAUUUCUUUUUUUAUAAUUACGCAAGCAUUCUUAAUCAUUGCAUAUAUAUAUCUCUCUCUCACUUGUCUUCUUACAAGCUUUUUGACUUUUUAAUUUCUUUUAUCCCAGUCAUUUGUUCAAAACGCUCAGAGGAUUGAUACGUAUUUCAAGAUAUUAACCAUUAGUUAUACCAAUAACGGUUCGAUU